CCCCAAACAAGUACUCUUGUCAUGUCAUACAAGUAAUUAAUUGUUCCAUGUUUCACAGACCAAAAGCGAUUUACUUUAAAUUAAAAUAUUAAGAUAGUAAAAAAUAAUACUCAUUUCGGUUUUUAAUCAGGCAAUUAGUAAAAAGUGAUUUCUUACUACCAAAAUGAGCGAAUUGGACUCGUUGUACGGAAGCUCCAUAUCCGUGGAUACAAUGAAAACUAUUGCUGAAAGUAUUGGUAUUGGAAGUCUUCCUGACGAAGGUGCCAGAGAGUUAGCUGAAGAUAUAACGUAUCGGCUAAAGCACGUCAUUCAAGAUGCAGCAAAGUUCAUGCACCAUGGAAAACGGAUAAAACUUUCAACUUCAGAUGUUGAUAACGCUCUAAAGUCAAAGAACAUAGAGCCACUUUAUGGAUUUCACGUUCCUGACUUUAUUCCGUUUCGUUUUGCUUCGGGUGGUGGACGAGAGCUUCACUUCACCGAGGAAAAGGAAGUUGAUUUAAAUGAAAUAAUCAACGGGCCAGUUUCUAAAUUGCCGUUGGAGGUUACUCUGAGAGCUCAUUGGUUGUGCAUUGACGGAGUUCAACCGACAAUCCCAGAGAACCCCCCACCAGUGUCAAAAGAUUUGCAGAAGUUGGAAGCUAUUGAUCCUGUGGCCAAGCUAUCCAAAGUGUCUAAGGGUGACAAUGCUGGAAAACCAACUGUUGGGAAGGUGCACAAACUCCGCAACGUGGAGACUGUUCAUGUUAAACAACUUGCGACCCACGAGUUGUCCGUGGAACAGCAACUCUACUACAAGGAGAUAACUGAAGCCUGCGUCGGCUCCGAUGAAGGCAGAAGAGCAGAAGCACUACAGAGUCUGGCCUCUGACCCUGGCCUACACGAGAUGUUGCCCAGAAUGUGUACGUUUAUUGCGGAAGGAGUCAAAGUGAACGUGGUACAGAACAACCUGGCUCUGCUCAUUUACCUGAUGCGAAUGGUCAAAGCGCUUUUGGAAAACCAGAGUCUUUAUUUAGAAAAAUAUCUGCACGAGCUGAUCCCGUCGGUGACGACGUGCAUCGUGUCCAAACAGCUGUGUAUGCGACCUGAGCUUGAUAACCAUUGGGCGCUGCGGGACUUUGCCUCUCGUCUCAUGUCGCAGAUCUGCAAGAACUUCAACACAUCCACCAACAACGUGCAGACUAGGAUAACGAGAAUAUUCGCCACGGCCAUCAACAGCGAUAGGUCUCCACUGUCGUCUCUAUAUGGCAGUAUAGAAGGUUUGUCAGAGCUGGGCACAGAAGUGGUGAAGGUGUUUAUACUGCCGAAGGUGAAGCACAUCGCAGACAGACUUGAUCUGGCUAGUGAAGGUGGGACUGUCUCCAUCACUGACAAGAUAGCAUCUGGACAUAUCAAACACCUGCUAGUGAAAGUGCUGACACCACUUCUGAAGACCACUAAGCAGCCGCCUGACAACAUGGAGGAGUAUAGGACAGAGUUUGGGUCGCUAGGUCCGAUGCUGCACCAGGCUGUUGUCAAAGCUCGCACUGCUGCUACUACACCCAACCUGGCUCUCACUCAGCCCACCAUCAUACACUCUGGAGCCAUAACGUCUGUCGCAGCCAUGAGUCAGGCACGUACCAUCACAAUGCCCGGAGCCCCUAGACCUGUUCAUUCAGGUGCUCUAGGCAGUUCUCAGCAGAAAUACGUCAUAGUUGCAGCCAGACCACCGCCUUCCCCAUCACCAGUAUCUAUUCCUGGUUUGUCAAAUCCUGUCCCAUCCCCAUCCACGCAAGGGCAAAGUCAUCCUCGAUCUUUAUCUACAACCGUUCCAAGAUUCACAACCCCUCCUCUGGGUAAAAGCUUGAACUUACCUCCUGUAGGACAAAGAUUCCUAGGUGAUACGAAUCUGUGCAAAACACAAUCCAUUUCCUCUUCCAACGCCUCCUCACAAUCUUCAAAGGUGCAGGUGCCGCAGUCAGGCGCGUUGGUGAAGCUAGGUGGCAACAAACUGGUGGUUGUCUGUAUGCCUAACUCACCCGCAGCCACGUCCGCUUCCAUCAUGGCUCAGGCUGGGCAACAAAACAAACUGUUUGUGACUUCCCAGGGACAACCAAUCAAGAUGGAAACUGAAGAACAGAUUAUGGACGUCCACGUCACAUGACGGACCCCGACCUUAACUCAAAGUAAAUCAGGGAUGAGUUAAAAACAAUCAGUUGUCUUGUGAAAUAUGUACAUAGAUGUUUUUAUUUGGGAUUACCCUCUCUAAUUUAUUAUUUCGUAAUCAUACUGUCACAGUAUAUUUUAGUUGUAAUCAAUAUACAAGAAAUAUAAACAAGGUAUGGAUGUUAUUAAUUGGUAUCUUAUUUUCUGAGUUGACCUAUUUU